AUGACAAAUAUGGAUUAUAAACACAUGAUUUAGCUAAAUUUUAUUAAAUUUAGUAAAUAAUAAAAUUUAGUUAAGAAAAUAUUAUAAAAUUUAGUUCAGAAAUGUGAUAAAAUUCUAAUAAGAUAUAUUGGAUUUUUUUUAAUAAUUUUAAAAGAUUUAGCUUGCUAUUUAUUUAUUUUGUAAUAAAUAUUAAAAAGAAAAUUUAAAUUCUAAUUUUAAAAAGAGGUAAGUAAAAAAAAUUUUUUAGAAAAAGAGGAAUAGAUUAUAUAAAUGGAAGAAGAAGAGAUAAUAUAGUUUAGGAGAGUAAAAUGUUGCAUGUGCGAUUAAAUUCACUUCUAAUGCUACAUUUGCUUUUCAAGGAAAAUAAAUGUUGUAUGUGAUUACGUACUGAAAACUUAGAAUAUUAACUACUGCAAACGAUGUGAAACCUAUAAUUUAUUUUGUUAAAACUUGAUUCAAAACAAUAUUUGCUUUAUAUCUUUACAGAAUCUUUUCCAAAUUUAUUAUGAUAACAUGGUUGGUAACUAAGCACAAUAAAUGUAAAAUGAGUUUUGCUAUCAAACAUAUUAAGAAAACCAGAUCUAAUAAUAAUACUAUCCACAAGAUUUAUAUCAAUAACAAUAGUAUAAGUAACUUUAAACGGAAAAUAUUUUGUAAAUCACUAAAGAAAACAAUUAAAAUUUCGUGUAAUAAAAUUCUGAAAUUUAUAAAAAUAUUGAAGAACAAGAUACGAUAUUAGACGAAGAAAUAAAUGCAGAUCAACAAAGUACUACUAAUCAAGUAUUAUAACCAGAUGAUUUAGAUGAAAGUUUCAUUCUUUCUUCUAUUUCUUUAGUUGGAGCUAUAGGUGAUGUAAAUUAAAAUUAAAACUAAAACAAUUUAGAAGAGUGGAAUAACUAUUUUGACUUUAAUAAUUUAUCGUUUAUGAAAAAUGAGAAUUCUCUCCACGAUGAAAUGAACAGAUUAUAAUUCGAAAUAUAAAUUGACCUCUCAUAAUUAAAUAUCACAUAAAGUUGA